AACUGGCUUUGUAGCCUUUGAUAUAUAUUAUACAUAGGCAAUUAUGGCAAGCAAAACAGUCGCUUGCCCUAGUUGCAAGCAAUGGGUUCAAAUGACGCCGUAUGGCACACGGCACCGAUGCGUCUGCGGUCAUGUACUCACGACUCGCGGUGCUGCUGCAGAAACACAACGAGAAACUAGUGUUCGUGGUCGUGGAGAUCACAAAGGUGAGCGUCAUAGCUUCCAGAGAUGGCAAAUUGCUUAUACAGGGACAGGGACAGGGACGCUGAUGUCGUUGCCCUCCUCCUGCUCGGACAAGCCAGUAUGCAGUGGAUCACGACCAAACAGGCGUGCACUUCUUUGCGGGGUGACAUACAAGCAACAUAAAUGCAAGCUCAAAGGCAUUUAUAAUGAUGUGAAAAACAUGGAAAACUUGCUGACUAAAACCUUCGGUUUUCCUGCCAACUGCAUACGCAUACUUUCAGAAGAUGAUCCGCGUGACCUAGAGCGGAUUCCUACAAAGAAAAAUAUAGAAAAUUCCUUGAAAUGGCUUGUGGAGGGAUACCAGCAGGGAGACUCGUUGGUGUUUUACUUCUCGGGGCAUGGCUUACGACAGCCUGAUUUCAAAGAUGAUGAGCUUGAUGGGUUCGACGAGACCAUUUGCCCUGUUGAUUUUAUGGAAGAGGGAAUGAUCCUUGACAAUGAUAUUAAUGAAACCAUUGUUUGGCCACUCGAGGAGGGUGUCACACUUCACGCUAUCGUUGAUGCUUGUCACAGUGGAACAAAUCUUGAUCUGGAGCACAUGUAUGACCGUAAACUGAAUGCUUGGAAGGAUAAUAUUCCUCCAUCUCGUGCUAGAAAAAGUACAAGGGGUGGGUUAGCGAUUUCUCUUAGUGCUUGCGAAGAUGAUAAAAUGGCAAUUGAUACUACUGAUUUUUCUGGAAAAGUAAUGAAUGGUGCAAUGACAUACCUUCUCACUGACACUGUUAGGAACAAGACCGACAUAACAUAUGGAGUUUUGCUCGACGAGAUGGUAAAUUACAUUAAAAAGAUUAACAGCGAAAGAUGGACUAACUCAAGAUUCUUGAGAACUGUACUUCGACGCAAAACCAUACAGGAACCUAUAUUGUCAUCUUCUGAAAUGUUUGAUGUUAAUUUGAAGAAAUUUGUCUUGUAAUGACAUUUUUUUGGGUGAAGUUCUUGUCGGGAGUUGUGUCCUAAAACCUAAUUUUGUAAUAUUGAAUAUUACAUAACAAUUUCAUUUUAAAUAAUUAAUAAUAGGGCAAUUUUAAUUCAUUCUUGAGUUUAUGCUUUUACAUUAUAGGGGUAAUAUACUAUGAAUGAGUUUAUAUGAUUUAAGGUAUGAAAAUAAUGUCCUAAACAAGGUUAGGGCAAAGAGACUUGUAUUUUAUAGUCACUUCGUCCUUAAACAAAGUUCAUAGUUUAGUGAACAGUGACCACCCAAGAAGUUUAAACGUAUGGAUGGUUACGACAUGUUAAUAGCUACAAAGUUUCAGGUUGUAGUAUGCAAAUAGUUCUUAGAUCGGAUAUCUUGUGCUUAUAGAUAUGAACUUUGACUUCACCUUAACGCCCUCACUAUUGCGCAGGGCCUGAUAGUGUGUUGCUUGGGUUCAUAUGUAUGAUUAUGGAGAUAUAUGAAUGCGCAAUAAGGGAUCUAUCACCUUCUAGUAAUUGUUCAAUAGAAAGAAAUAUCCCUUGAUGUCACUUGAAGAUCCAUCUCAGAAUUCUUCGGCCAAAUUACUUGUUGAUCAAACUAUGUUUAUAAGAACUGUUUCAACAUGAGAUGCAUCAUGGUGAUCAAAGAUAUUUA